AUGAAUUUGACUGAGGAAUCCUCUUACCACCAUGAGCUGUGGUUUGGUAACUCUACCUUGGGUAACUAUUACAGUCACCAGAACUACACCCUCCCCCUUUCUUCAGUAUCGGGCAAGACCAGCACAUCUAAGAUUUCAACAUGCGAGCAGAUCCACAUUGCCACAGAGGUCUUCCUGAUCCUGGGUAUUAUCUCUUUGCUGGAAAACAUCCUUGUCAUCACCGCCAUUGUGAAAAAUAAGAACCUUCACUCACCUAUGUACUUCUUUAUCUGCAGUUUGGCCGUAGCUGACAUGCUGUUCAGCGUGACCAAUGCCUGGGAGACCAUCAUCAUUUACCUACUCAACAACAGACAGCUGGUGGUGGAGGAUCACUUCAUCAGGCAGAUGGACAAUGUGUUUGACUCCAUGAUUUGCAUUUCGGUCAUGGCUUCCAUGUGUAGCCUCCUGGCUAUCGCUGUGGACCGGUAUGUAACCAUCUUCUACGCAUUGAGGUACAACAAUAUUGUGACAGUAAAAAGAGCUGGCUGCAUCAUCGGUGGUAUCUGGACCUUCUGCAUGGUCUGCGGGAUCAUCUUCAUCAUCUACUCAGACGCCGUGCCUGUCAUCAUCUGCCUAGUCUCCAUGUUCUUUGCCAUGUUGCUGCUCAUGGCCUCUCUCUACAGCCACAUGUAUAUACUGGCACGCUCACACAUCAAGCGCAUUGCUGCGCUGCCUGGCCACAACUCCAUCCACCAGCGGGCCAGCAUAAAGGGGGCGAUCACGCUGACCAUCCUCCUGGGGAUUUUCAUUGUCUGCUGGGCUCCGUUCUUCCUCCACCUCAUUCUGGUGAUCUCCUGUCCCCGAAACCUCUACUGUGUGUGUUUUAUGUCCCACUUCAACAUGUACGUCAUCCUUAUCAUGUGUAACUCCAUAAUCGACCCACUGAUCUAUGCCUUCAGGAGUCAGGAGAUGAGGAAGACCUUCAAGGAGAUCAUCUGCUGUUAUAGUUUGAGAAAUGCCUGUGCCAACAUCUGCACUCUGACAGGCAAGUGCUGA